AUGUCGGACCAACACCACGCCCCCACCUCGCGUUCCAAGCCUCCCCCGCCCGGCGAGGAGGAGGCUUCGGCGGUGCUCAAGCUGGGCGAGUUCAACGACGUGGACACGCUCACGUUGUCGGAGGCCUCGCUCGUCAUCAACGCGCUCAUGACUAAGCGUCGCAAGGACCGCAAGGACCGCAACGAGACGGACGUGCUCAACAAGACGCUCGACUACCUGGACGCGUUUGCUCGGUUCAAGCAGAAGGAGAACGUCGAGGCUGUGGAGCGCUUGUUGAGCGCGCGUAAGGAGCUGACCAAGUUUGAGAGGGCGCAGAUUGGAUCACUCUGUUGCGAUAGUGCCGACGAGUGCAAGACGCUGAUCCCCUCGCUGGCGGACAAGAUUGAUGACGAGAACCUACAAGAAUUGCUGGACGAGAUGGCCAAACUCAUGAGCACCUAG